AUGUGGUCAGUUUUCCAUCAUCUAGUUGUCAAGGCUUUAACAUUUCUCGAACCUUACUUUCAGUUUGGUUCUCUUCAUCGCUCUGACAUUCCAGUUGAGCGACUUAUUCGCCCAAAAAGUGUGGAUUUUGAUAGCGUGGCGCCAGCUCGAAAAGUAAAGGAACUAAGUGUGCCGGUGGCUCUUUCUAAAACGAAGCGUGAACAGCUUGAGAAGUUGCAGUCAAAGGAAGAUCCACCCCCUGGCCACAACCCUUCUUCUUUAGAGUGUUCUCGACCAGAGUUCAACCUCUUGGAGGCCAAGCCUGGUCUUCACACGCCGUUAUGCAGUCAGUUUUGGGAUAAAUGUAAAUAUAAAGACAAUUGGUUUGUUAUAAGAAGAAAGACUAAGGAGCCGCCUAGCCAAUUUGUUCAGUGGGAGAACGCAUGGGAUCACUUCGUUCCCGAUCGCCUUGAUCCAUCAGUAAGAGAGACUUUAGGGGAUCUUAAGCUAAAAACUCCUACACAGAUCCAGACGCAAUGUCUGCAAGUUUUCCCUUCUCAUUAUCACCUGUUCAUAGCGGCAGAGACUGGAUCAGGGAAGACAAUUGCCUAUUUGGCUCCGCUCAUCACUAGGCUGUUAAAGCAAAAGCGGAAAAGUGUGAAAGAAAAAGCUGUCAUAACAUCAUCUGUUAUAGCUGUCAUUCUGGCCGUUACCUCAUUGCUGAAGGAGCAAAUAUUUUCGGUCAUAUCGAAAUUCGUUCCAAAAACGGGAAUCGUUGUUUCAAUGUGCGGUUCAGAAGUAAGGACCACAGAUGAUUGGGAUAUUCUUGUAGGCACUCCAGGCCUAGUUCAAAGGUAUUUCCAGAACAACAAAAACUGCAGUACUGAUGUAAAGCAUCUGGUCUUGGAGGAGGCAGAUAUGAUUUUGGAUGAUAGUUUUACGGAAGUUUUGACUGAGAUAUUCGCUUUGGUACCUAUAGCUCAUUCCAUCACGAAUACUGGUGAUGCGACUUCCGGUGCUCGAAUCAUUUUCUGCUCAGCGACGUGUGCAGAGGAAGUUGAAAGUUUGGCUGAUGGUGUCGUUGAUCGCCAGUUUCUUCGGUUUAUUAAGAGUCCAAGGUUGCACUCUUUGCUGCCUAAUAUCGAGAUGAAAUUCAUACGGGUUCGAGAGAAAGACAAGAUCGCUCGAUUAACGGAACUACUAGCCGAGGAUAUGAAGCGGGGUAAUUUGAACCAGACUAUGGUAUUCUGUAAGGAUCGUGCCACAGCAUUAUAUGUCCACCAACAGUUGCAGUCAUUUGAAUACAAGGUGCGCAUGUGGAACUCACUUGAUGAUGCUGAUGAGGAGGAAGGCGCAAGAGUUAUCAUUGCUACUGACGCAGCUUCCAGAGGAAUCGACCUUCCUCGCUUGAGUCACGUCAUCAACUAUGAUCUGUCGUCACACAGCGUCGAUUUCCUACACAGGGCAGGGCGUAUUGGACGACUCAGUUCUUCAUUCCUUGGUAGGGUUACAUCAUUUGUGCGGAGACCAUAUGAAGUUCGCCUCACAAACACAAUAGAACUAGCAGCACGACUUGGUCGUCCGUUAUCCGCUGUCAGCCCUGAAGUUUUCAGUGAGGCUUCUCGAGAUGCGGAGACUACUGAGUGA